AAAUCUAGUUUGAGGACCCGUAGGGGCGAGUGCAUGAGUUGUCGUACAUUGAGCCUUGGUCGUCGGAGGGCGUUCUGAGGGUUGCCUUCCUUGUUGUUUUAUCGUUGCGUGGCUUUCUUCCGGGGAACUUCGUUGGUUUUGUGUCCAGUCGCGGCUAGCCUCUUGUAGUCAACGCUAGUCAAUUGGGGAUAGCCCUCGCUAUCUAGAGCUUGGGCUUGCUGCCUUACCGAGGUCUAGUUUCUUUUCUCUUUACCUAUGAACGCUUAAUUAUUGAAGCCGAGGAAGUUGAGCAGGACGCUAUAAGUUUGCUCAAGCGUGGCAAGACCAAAGCAACGAAAGAGGCGUAUUUUCAGUCGGUUGCCCGCUAUAAGAAAGCCACGGCAGAAGUAAUUCGAGAUAUUGAGCGCAGGCAGCCAUUUUAUCUGGAACUUCGGGCUCGGGAAGACACAUGUCGCGCCAUCUUCAUGCGCAAGUCACAGCUCAGCCAGGCCUUCGCGGCUGGGGCGAUCGUUACGACCCAGGAGGGACACGGUGCGCUGGCGCCGGUCCCACAAGGUGAGCCUCCGGCUGGUGGGGCAACGGGGCAGGGACCAGCGGGGUUGGGACAACCGGCAGCAGCAGUUCAGCCGAUAACAGCGGCAGCAGCAGCGAGGCAGGUUGCAACCGCAGCAGCAGCAGCAGCAACCACGGUGCCCGUACAAGACGAACAUGUGCUGGAUAUUGAGGAACAGGUGGAUACCGAGGGCUUCCCGGCCCUAGCUCAGACACUAGGCCCGUUGGCGCCCCCUCCCGUUAGACAGGCGGCGCCCCAAGGGGUCGAACCAGAGCGCCCGGAAAGGGGAGUGAGGAGGGCGGUGGAAGGUCCGCUGAAGGCGGCGGUGCUGCCGCCAAGCAAGGUCCCCCAGCGCCUGGCGGUCCAGGGCGCCGGCAUCUUGGACUCCUGGCUGGACACGUUGGCGACGGGGCCAGGCGCGGGCAUGACGGCAACGGGGGCUCAACGGUCGGCGCUGGGACCGUGCGAGAAGACCCUUACCUCCAGCAUUGACAUGGAGGACACCGCGGCCAUGGCGCCAUUCAUGAGCGAGUUGCUAACGGUAGCGGGUGUGCAGCGGCUGUCUACCAACCAAGACAUCUUUAACAGUCAUGCCAAGAGCGUCAUCAGCGCUAGCGUGUCGCUGGGCGAGGCCGCGCUGCAGGAGGCGGCGAGGGCGCAGACUACGGACGAGCAAGCACGGAGCUUGAUGGUUGCCACCGCAGCUUACAAGCGGGCGCAGGAGGCGCAGCAGGUCCAGUCCGAGGUCAGCAAGCUCACGCGCUACACUACCUUUCCCAGGGCCAUGCGUUGGCUAAAGGAGGGAGACCCGGAUAAGCUCAACCUAUUGCGCGGCCUCUCCUCUUUCAGCAAGGAGGACUUGACCGACAUCCUGCGCAGUGCGACGGGUCAAGGCACCUCCAGCAACCGAGCAGCGGCUAGGGAGGCGCCCCUCCCGUUUCCGAGCAGCGGGUCCGCAGGCAGCCACGGCGAUGCACAAUAGCGCUGUUUUGUCUGCGACGCGACGGGCCACAGGUUCCGCCACUGGCCCACGCUGGUAGGCCUCCCGGAGGAUGAGAGCGACAGGAAGCUAGCGGCGGCGCGCAGGCGCAUGCCGCGGAGGAACUAGGAACUUCAUGCGCCCGCCAGGGACAUGGCGGGUGCCCAGACGCCGCCGCCGCGGGGGGCGGUGGCGCGGGGAGGCUGCCGGGCGCAUUAGGCGGCAUGGGCGACACUCAUGCAGUGAACGGCAGCAGGCUGUUGGGACACGUGGUGGAGACGGAUGGCCGGUGGUCAGAGGCGCUGGUAGGGCCCCUGGAGGCUUUGCACGCAGCGGCGCUGGCCCCGAGACAGGGCGCCAUGGUGGCGGAACAUGGCCAGCCGGUGGCGACAUCCCCAGCAGUGCCCGCCACGGCGCAGCCAGGGGAGGCACGGCCUAGAUGCCCGACCACACGUCAGGCGAGCGCGGCGGCUCGAGGGCGGUCCCCAAUGGCAGAUCCAGUCGGCAGGCCAUCGGUAGCACAUGGGAGCAGCAGCACCGUGGCGCCUGCAGCGCCGCAGGGAGGUGCAGUGGCAGGGGCGAGCAGCGGGACGGUAACUACACCACCACCACGCUUGGUGCAGCUAACGCCUGAGGCCGUAGAGGACUUGGAGUUCUGGUGGGGGGGUCCUUCGGUCGGAUUCGUCAGUGUGGGACGGCGUCAAGAAGUGCGCUGUAGCGGACCUCGACUUGGUGAGGGGGGAGUUUGGGGGCCCCAGUGGUGCAGUCAUCUUCACCGACGCCAGCGGCUGCGGCUCUGGCGCGGCCUUGGGGCCCCGCGGAGCUGCAGGGGCCGUGGUCAGCGGAGGAGAAGCAGCUACACAUUGCUUGGCUGGAGCUGAAGGCGGUGCGCAGGGCGCUGCAGUCGUGGGCGCCCCGGCUCACCGGGCGGCGUGUGCUGAUCCGCUGCGACAAUACUCAGGCCGUGGCUGCGAUCAGGCACGGCUCCACCCGCAUGCCGGAGGGCCGAAGCGUCAGCCGGCAGAUGGUGGAGCUUGCGAUCCGGCAGGGGUUUGAGCUCCAUGGGCGGAGCAUAUCGCGGGCGUCGAGAAUGUGCGCGCAGAUCGCCUCAGCCGGCAGCUCAGCACCGCAUGGCGCACCGCCGCUGCUUAGGGCUGGCAGCCGGCGACUACCCGGGUGGGUGGUACCUUUGCGCCGGCUGCGUGUUGGCGGCGGCAGGCAUUGGGGCGGAGGCUGCCGAGGGCUACGUGAGCAGACUCGCCAAACGAUGGGUAGUGCAGGCAGGCAGCGCGGUGGCGGCCCGGUCUGCGGCCACCUAUGAGGCGGGGCGCCAGCGGUUCCUGAGGUUCUGCGUCGUUGUUCUGCGCCUUGAGCGAGCAGGAUGCCUUCCCAUGGGGCCAGGACCUCAACCGCUUCCUGGUCUGCCUCUUCAUCACCCACUCGUCGCCGUUAUUGGCACCGUCCACACUCCUUGGGACCGUGAGCGCUCUGCCGGAUUGGCAGCGCGCGCGGGGGCUCCAAGCCGAGGCAGCAAUUAGCGCAGACCCACGGGUCAAGCGCACUCUAGCGCAGGCGUUGCGGAGUCGACCGGCAGACGCCUGCGCCUCUGAACGCCGGAAGGCACCGCUACCCAUCCGCGUCCUUCAGCUGCUGGUCGGGCUGCUCCGGUCAACACGAACCCGGGCGGCUAAUGCAGGAGUGAGCGUAGAGGCCAUUAAGGAGCACGGGCGGUGGAAGUCUCGGGCCGUAGAUGUGUACAUUCGCAAGUCAGUGGCGGUCAGGCGGGCGGUGGUAGAGCAGAUGUGAUAAGGGAUAGGGAAAGGGGGGUUGUCUCUGCGUGGGCCUUGGAUAGGAGCCGGCCACGCAGAUUGGGUCCGUUGCCGUGCCAUCAGUAAUGCGUGUUAGCAGGUUAGCUGAGUGCGUGAGAGGGCACGGGUAGCGCGUCAGGGGCCCAGUUGUUUUAUUCCCCCCUUCUUCAGUUGACUUCUCCCGGCAUGACUGGUUAUUUGGUUGGAGAGUUUAGGUGUUACCGUGUAAUGGUAUAGGGUGGUUAUGUCACGAGCCACUACGGCAGGCAUCAAAAUUAUAUUUUUGGCGUAGCUAAAAAUCUAGUUUGAGGACCCGUAGGGGCGAGUGCAUGAGUUGUCGUACAUUGAGCCUUGGUCGUCGGAGGGCGUUCUGAGGGUUGCCUUCCUUGUUGUUUUAUCGUUGCGUGGCUUUCUUCCGGGGAACUUCGUUGGUUUUGUGUCCAGUCGCGGCUAGCCUCUUGUAGUCAACGCUAGUCAAUUGGGGAUAGCCCUCGCUAUCUAGAGCUUGGGCUUGCUGCCUUACCGAGGUC